AUGGUCUACAUGUUUACGCACCCUCGUAAUCGGGAAGAGUUUCUAGCAAAGUUGGAGGACGUUGCCGAUGGGGUUAUCCGCCGAAGUCGUCGUUAUCUUCCCCAUGUGGCUCGUCUCUGCCUCAUCUCUACUUUUAUCGAAGAUGGGAUGCGACUACUGACGCAGUGGUCGGAGCAAAUUGACUUCAUUCGCCAUGUCUGGGGCGUAGGCAGCUUCUUCGCUGGUCUAUUCAUCUUUAUAAACAUCCUUCUCCAAUUCACCGGUUCCGCAUUUGUCAUGGUACGGUACGGAGUCAGAGUCGGCUGUGGUAUUCUUCUCGCCACCGUGGUCAUUCAAACAAUCGGUUACAACAUUUGGACGCGGGUCUUUCUUAUGCGAAACCUCUCACUAAUGGGCAGUUUACUCCUGUUGAUAGCUGAGGCAAGUCAGGAGUCCAGAAGUCUUCUGGCAGGCCUCCCUUCAGUCGGUGACGAAAAUCGAUCACGCCAGUACCUUCAGCUGGGAGGACGUCUUCUUGUGGUCCUCAUGUUUCUAACCCUUGUCCACUGGGGCGGGAGUUUCUUCUAUCUUAUUCAGUCGAUACUUAAUCUUAUUCUUAUUCUCCUGGUUGCCAUCGGGUACAAAACUAAGCUCUGCGCUCUCGUUCUUGUCUCUUGGCUGACGUGCAUGAACUUCUACUACAAUGACUUCUGGUCCAGCUACUCCGAUGAGAUCAUGUGGGACUUUUUGAAGUACGACUUCUUCCAGACCUGGUCCGUGAUCGGGGGUCUCAUGCUGAUUGUGGCCCAUGGGCCCGGUGGAGUGUCAGUCGAUGACUACAAGAAGGAGUGGUAG